AUGGCCCGUCCCACACCAUAUUCCCGGCCACAUACAUCCAACGUUGGACUCAAAAGCGCCAGUCAUAUCGCGCGCUCGCGGUUGGCUGCUAGUGCUCAACAAAAGACAGUGCGCGUCACUGAGCCUCCCAAAAACGCCAAGCCCAGAAGAGACAAGAACCGCGUCCAACUAUUCUCCCGAAGUGCCCGCUACCAACCCCCAUCGAGCCCACUGCAAAAGAAAAAGGGGACAGGGAAGCACGAAUGA